AUGGCUUUGUUUUUCCCGCAACAGCACAAGCAUCAGCAGGAGCAAUUGCAGAGGCGAGGCGAAACGGGAAGUGAAGGGAAGAUUCAGUCGUUUAGCGAUUCGGGCGGUUCUGGUACUAGCGGCGUUAGCGGAGGCAACGACGACACCAGUGACGAUGACGUGGAGUUUUUCGAGGUCGCUCGGCCAAUCGCAAGGCCUCGCGGGGUGAAGCCGUGCGUCGUCACUCUGCUUCGCAACCAAUCGUUCGACGACACCGUCGGCGACCCACCCGUCGCGAAAAACUACUCCAUCCCUGCUUCGUGCGGCUCCGCGUGGUCCCUGGUGCUGCUGAGCGUGCGCGUGAAUGUGAGCGGGGUGCAAUUCGACCGCGUGCUGUCCGUGUUCCUCGGCAACUUCGAGGUCUCCAGGUCCAUUACUGUGGAGCCUUUGGGUGUGUCGGCAUCCUACUCAUUUGAAGAAGACGUCACUACAUUCGCACCCGCGCUUGCAAAGGAGAAGCAAGCAUUUGUCUCGCUCCCCAAUGUGGUCAACGACACGCUAACAGGUGUUUUCUACGUCAGCAUUGAUCUCCUCUUUUUCAAGACCUCUCGAUUCAACCGAGCCAUUGUUCCAGACGUUGUUCUCCCCUUCUCCAUUCAACCACCGGGGAUAUCCUACCCUUCCCCCUUUACAAUCACGGGCGAAGAUUCCAUAUCCACCUCCUCUCCCUCUUCUUCCUCACUGGAAGCUUCUGUGACGUUUCCCGCGCUGCCUCGCGACAUCGUAACGGCGAAAUUCGAGCUGAUGGUAACCAGGCGUGGCAGCGACGAAUUCUUCUUCAUGCUUUCGCCCAACUCAACCUCAACCUCAAUAUCGUCGUCGUCCUCCUCCUCUUUCUCUUCCUCCUCGUUCUCCUCAUCAUCCGCUCCCUUCCGUGAGCUCCUUUUAUUCAUAGACAACCAAUUCGCAGGGGCAGUAUUCCCCUUCCCAACCCUCUACCCCUCCGCCGUCGCCCCUCUCCUCUGGGCCCCCCUCAUCGGAAUCGGCUGCUUCAGCAACCCCACUUAUUCACUCGACAUCACGCCGUUUGUCGGCGUGCUAGUGGACGGGCAGCCGCACGAAAUUUCGGUCAGCGUGCCCGUGGUCGGCCGGGCUGCCCGAUGGAUGGUUUCGGGGGUUCUCCAGCUGUGGGUGGACCCAGUUCGGGAGGCCACUACAGGCACACAGCCAUUUAUCAACGCUCCAGUUCCUUCCAUCACAAACACUUUCAUCGUGCCUUCUGCUUAUGAUCCCUCGAAUGCGGACACUGAUUAUGCAUUCACUCACAUCCUCCUCUCACUUCCCUCCUCUCUUCCCUCCUCUCUUCCCUCCUCUCUUCCCACCUCUCCUCUGCGCCCCUCCCCUUGCCCUCCACCAGCCAAUGGGCCACUAACGGCUCUUUCAAGCUAG